AUGCGUACUGUUGUAAUGUUGAUCCUCAUUGUAAUUUUUGCCCUGGUGCACAGUGGAUUGGCCAGUCUAAGAGACACGGGUGAGAAACUUAUUGGGGAACGAGCUUUCCGUGUUUUGUUUGCUGGGGUAUCUCUACCAUUGGCUGUUAGCACAGUUGUUUAUUUUAUUAACCACAGAUAUGAUGGGCAACAAUUAUGGCAGCUCCAGAGUAUUCCUGGAGUCCAUCAACUUGUGUGGCUUUCGUCUUUUAUCUCCUUCUUCCUCCUCUACCCUUCCACUUUUAAUCUUCUAGAGGUAGCGGCAGUUGACAAGCCCAAAAUGCAUCUUUGGGAAACCGGGAUAAUGAGAAUCACAAGGCAUCCACAGAUGGUUGGGCAGGUCAUUUGGUGCAUUGCGCACACAAUUUGGAUUGGAAACUCGGUGGCAGUGGCGGCUUCAAUUGGCUUAAUUGGACAUCAUCUAUUUGGUGUUUGGAAUGGUGACAGGAGGCUGGCCAUUAGAUAUGGGGAAGAUUUUGAGGUUGUGAAGAGGCGCACGAGUAUCGUACCGUUUGCAGCCAUUCUUGAUGGACGGCAAAAGUUGCCCAAAGAUUAUUACAAGGAAUUUAUUCGUUUGCCAUAUUUAGCCAUCACUGCAAUGACUUUAGGUGCAUAUCUUGCACACCCACAAAUGCAGGCAGGCAGUUACGGACUUCAUUGGUAGGCAACAGGAAUUUUUUUUCUUUCUAUUACUGGAGAUAUACAUAUGACUUGAAAUCGAAGCAUGAGAAAAUCGGAUAAAUUACAUUGUCAGUUACAAAUGGUUUUGAGAAUUGAAGCAAUUCAUACCCCAUUUAAA